AUGCGCCAAAAUCUUGAGAGGGGAAAAUCUUUAAUGUCUGUUAGAAAAUUCCGAGAGUCGAGGAUCACAAUGAUGAUGAUCGGAAUGUUAUUGUUGAUGGUAGUGGUAGGGUUGAUGGGGUUGGUGAGUGCGGAUAAUGCUGGGGAAAAGAAGGAAAGAAAAAAUGUGUGGAUAUUUACUCAACCAUUGUUUUAUGACCAGUUUAAGCCUUUGGUUGAUCACUUGGUGAAUGAGGAUAAGUCUGUUGUUACUGUGUUGACACCUUACGAUGCUUCGGAUGCCUUUGAGCAAUUUUUAACAAAGAGAAGGGCUGGUGAAGAAGCCAAGUUUAACCUUGUCAAAUGUCCAAUUGAUACCAGAAUUCCAACAAAUUUCUACUCAUCAAUUAUUGAGCCUGCCAACAAGAAGCAAACUUACUAUGAAUAUGCCACUCAUUUGAAACAUCAAUGGAUUGAUACAUAUUUUGGAAAAUCAUUCUACAAGUGUGGAUCUAGCCAAUUAGAAAAGUCCAAGGUUGAUGUAGUUGUUACUGAUUGUCAUGCAUUUGGUGCUAUGGAUUUUGCAAGCAGUUUCUCAAAGCCUCUUGUCAUUUUGUGUCCAACUCUUGCUGGUCUUUCAACUAUUCAACCAGUAUCUCACCAAACUGGAAAGGAAUUGUUCGAACCUAGAUUCAAUCCAUUCAAUCAAGUAUCCUAUCUCAAACUCUUUAAUCAAAUGAUUCAAUUAGAUAAGACUUCAUCAUAUGCUACUACUAUGGAUCUUGUAACAAGAGGUCAAUUCUUGAAGCAAAACUCUACCGACUUUAUCAGAUCUAUGAAUGAAGAGAAUUUGGUUGGACAAUUCUUGAAUAUCGUUUCCAAUAUGUUCUCACAAACUCAAUACCAAGCAUUUUGGCUUUAUGAACUCUUUUUAAACAAUAGAAGAUCAGAAUAUCUUCCAAUGAGAAUUGCUGAUGAUACUAGCAUUCUUGACAUUGUCAAAACUGCUCAUGUGUUCUACACUUCUGUUAGUGGUGUUACCGAAGAUAGCUCUCUUAGAAUUCCAUCAAAUGCUCAUUUAAUUCCUCCACUUUUGAUCAAACAAACCAAGUGGAUCAAUGUUGCUGAGAAGAGAUUGUCAGAAGUCAAGACAUUGGAGAAGAAGAUGGAAAACAGAAAUGUUAUUCUUGUCAAUUUAAGAGAUUCAUUCAAAUUACUUCCACUAUUUCUCAAUAAUUUGGAAACCAUUGCUACCAAGCAUAAUCAUCUUGUUAUUAUUAAUAAGAAUGGUCUUAGCCAGGAAAUCAUCUCCAAAUACCCAUCCUUCGUGUUUUCUGAUUUAAGAGCUGAGGAAAGAAACAGAAUUCUCAAAUCGUCCAGUAUUAGAUUCGUCAUUACAAGUGGAGAUUUAUUAUCGACCAGUGAGGUGAUUGCUCAUGGAAAGCCUGUUUUGAUGGUUCCAUCCACUACUGAAGGAUUUGCUGUUUCAUUACAAUUGAGUGGAAACUUGAAAAUAGGACAUGUUCUCAUUCCAUCAUUUACUAACGAAAAGGUUAUCCAAGAUGUUAUGUCUAACUUCUUAAAGAAUACUGAGCUUUAUUCACAAGUUAAGAUUACCAAACAAUAUUCCGACCUCUUCUCAGAAGGAUCCAACAUGUCUGUAAAUAUUCUCUCAUCUUACAUUCUUUCAUUGGCUUCCAAUAAGAACGUGCUCUCACCUUCAUAUAGCUUUGAUACAAAGGCUGCAUUGAUUGUUGAUACUUCAAUUGUUGCUAUUUGUAUCCUUCUCACCCUUCUCAUCAUUAUCUACAUCAAUAUCAAAAUUAUGCUCAGAAUUAUUUCUCUUCUUUGCUUGUGCUGUGUAAAGUCCACUAACAAACCUAAGAAGGAAAAGACUGAAUAA